GGUUCCCCAUGGCCGCCGCGUUUGUGCUUCGCGGUCNUCUGUACCGAGCAGGACCUGCACUCCGCCGUCCGCCAGCGGAGCUGCUGCGGGCCCCACGGCGUGGGCACCGGCUCACGCCGGCCGACGAUGAACUGUAUCAGCGGACGAGCAUCUCGCUGCUGCAACGCGAGGCCCCGCACGCCAUGUACAUCGACAGCUACAGCAGCCGCGGCUUCGUGGUCAACGGAAAUCGCGUGUUUGGGCCGUGCGCGCUGCUCCCGCACUCAGUGCUGCAGUGGAACGUAGGAUCCCACCAGGACAUCACGGAAGAAAGCUUCUCUCUUUUUUGGAUGCUGGAGCCCCGAAUAGAGAUUGUUGUGGUGGGCACUGGAGACCGGACUGAGCGGCUGCAGCCCCAGGUGCUGCGAGCCAUGAGGCAGCGGGGAAUCGCUGUGGAAGUGCAGGACACGCCCAAUGCUUGUGCCACUUUCAACUUCCUGUGUCAUGAAGGCCGGGUGACAGGAGCUGCUCUCAUCCCCCCACCUGGAGGGACUGCAGUCACACCUCUGACUCAAGCUGCAGAGUGAAGCACCAGGAACUGACCUGACCUUUCCAGUAGGGCCCUGACACCUUCUGCAGAGUGCAGGGGUUCCCAAUGCUUUCACGAGCCCCUCCCCCGUGGCACUGUAACACUUGUUUUGCUUACCAGCAAAUUAAUAAUUUAAUCUACUUCUAC